AUGGAGAAAGAGCAAGAGCAAGAUUGUUGUGGCACACAACUGAUAGAUGGAAAUGGAGUGCUCAAUGAGGAAGGACUCGAGAACUUCACAAGAGCCACCAACCUGCGGGAAUGUGGUCUCUCUUAUGCUUGUGUUGCAAUUAUGGGUCCCCAAAGUAGUGGGAAGAGCACCAUAAUGAAUCAUCUCUUUCAGACAGACUUCAAGGAGAUGGACGCACGCAGGGGAAGAAAUCAAACAACCAAGGGCAUUUGGAUUGCAAAGUGUAAAGGUAUUGAGCCUUUCACAAUUGCCAUGGACCUGGAGGGAACCGACAGCAGGGAAAGAGGCGAGGUACUGAGCACUGUACCAACUCCACUUGAGUGUUUGGAGCCCGUUCUAAGGGAUGAUAUUGAGAAGAUAUGGGGCGAAGUAGCUAAACCUGAGGCUCAUAAAAGUACUCCUCUCAGUGAAUUUUUUGAUGUGGAGGUUGCUGCUUUGUCUAGCUAUGAAGAAAAGGAGGAGCAAUUUAAAGAGCAGGUUGCUGAACUAAGGCCGCGGAUUUCCGAUUCUUUUUCGAAAGAAAGCCGCCUUGCUGGUGAUAGGCAGAGAGACGUUCCUGCUUCGGCAUUUCCUUUCAGUCUGCAGAAUAUAUGGCAAAUUGUAAAAGAGAACAAGGAUCUGGAUCUUCCCGCUCACAAGGUGAUGGUUGCCACUGUUCGGUGUGAAGAGAUUGCCAACGAGAAGCUCAAACGGUUGACCUCUGAUGAGGAUUGGUUGGCAUGGGAAGAAGCUGUUAAAGCUGGUCCGGUAUCAGGGUUUGGUGAAAAACUCAGUUCUAUUUUGGAAACCCAUCUUUCAGAAUAUGACAAGGAGUCGAUCUAUUUUGAUGAUGGUGUAAGAAAUGCAAAAAGGCAACAGUUGGAACUAAAUGCAUUAGAUGUGGUACGCCAUGCUUAUGCCACCAUGUUGAGCCAUUUACGUUCUAAGGCACUCAGAAGUUUUAAGAUUAGGCUGAAAAGGUCACUGAGCGAAGGAGGAGGGUUUGCUGAAUCUGUUCGUAUUUGUAAACAGUCUUGCAUCUCUGAUUUUGAUCAAGGAUGUGAAGAUCUGUUAUGCUUGCUUAUUCAGUUGCUUGUAUAUCCUACUCUCCCAGAUGCUGCGAUAAGACAGGCUAAUUCGGAUGGUUCAGAAGUCCGGGAAAAACUUGUUUGUGAUAUCGAGACAAUCAAACAACUCACUGAUGAGCUCAGUGGACCUGUAGAAUCACUACUUGAAACUGCUGAAAAAGACACAUGGGCUUCACUGAGAAAGCUUGUUAAGCUUAAGACUAAGAAUGCUGUCUCAGAAUUUUCAACUGCUGUUGCUAGUUUUGAGUUAGACGGAUCUAAAAUCGACAGAAUGGUGCAAACUUUGAGGACGGAUGGAAGAAACGUAGUAGAGAAAAAGCAAGAGAAGAAGCAGGGAAAGUUCACAUGGGUUUUCAAUCAUGACAAUGAUGCAAGGCCAAGGGUUUGGACCGGCAAAGAAAACAUUAGAACAAUUACAAAGGAUGCACUCUCUGAGGCUGUGAAAAUUCUAUCAGUCAUGGCAGCCAUACGCCUAGACAAGAAGCCAGAUAACAUUGAGAAAGUUCUGUUUUCCUUGCUCAUGGAUGAAACUGUUCCAUCGUCCAGAGAUAGAAGCAAUGAAGCUGCUAGAGAUCCCCUUGCCUCAAGCACAUGGGAAGAGAUCUCUACAAACGAUACACUGCUCACACCAGCCAAGUGCAAGUCAUUGUGGGGGCAGUUCGAAGCAGAGACCAAGUAUGUAGUGACCCAAGCUAUUUCCUCCCAGGCUGCUGUCUUUCGGUGGAGUACCUGGGUUCCAGUGGCAGUUGACAUUGCGCUGGAAGUAGCUGGAGUUGCAGGGAGAUCUCUUGAGGAAGAUGACAAGGACAAACCUUCUCCUCUAGUGGGGCAGAAACUUUGUCAAACUAUAAAAUCCAACAUCCCUCGUAAACGCGUGGAAUGCAUGAUGCUUCGAAAGUUCAAAGAAAAUGAACUAUCAUGGCUCAUAGCUCAAAGAAAUAGGCAUUCUUGA